UUUCGUGCGACAAAAAAAUAAUCCUUUACGAUUAGUCCGUUCGUAUUGUGACGGAAGCUUUCAAAGUUGUUGUAAUGUGGACACGCUGACCUGCCAUGCUGUCCGUUGUUGGUGUUUUGCAUGAUCUCCGAGGCUGGACUGUUUUGCGUUGUAGCCACCUGAUAGCGCCGAGGAUUAUGUCGUAAGACGUUGGUUGCCCUAGCCGUGACAGCUCUAUGCCCGCCUUGUUGUCCUCCUUUUUCGUGGCAGACCACAUCUGUCGGGUCACCGUAGUACCGUCUUUACGAAAGCGUCUCGUUGUUUGCUUUUGCCCUUCUUUUUCUUUCCUGCGCUAACGGAAUGGUGAAGGUCCUUCUAAACUAACAGACGUACCUCUAUGCAUAUUUAGCAACAGCGUUUGAAGUAUUCUUCUGUGUUGUUUCUUUUAAAGUGUGGACAUGCUAGCUGAAGCAAAUAUUACGUGUCCAUUCAUCGAAUACGCACUAAAAGGUUGAAAUUUUGCCGUAUGUUACCCAUCGCCCAAAAAAUGCACCAUGCUUAUAAAUUUCACAGUGCAGUACCGGUGAAGGUUCUCCAUGACCAUAUCACUACCGCUCCGUAGUGUCCAACAGCCAUUUUCAAAGAAAUUUUAUAAAUUAUGACUUUCCAAAUAUAAAUAAAAACAAAUAAAAGAUGUAUUCAUUUCGUAUACAUGAAUUUUUCCCCUAGAUAUUUACUCGUUUCUUUACGCUUUAUUUUUUUCAAUUUAUGACAAUAAUAUACGUGUAGAAAACUAGAGCUAUUAUAAAACUAUGUUAUUAGGCGUAACAAAUGCAGCUUGAGUAUAACUAACAAUAGUGAUAACAGCAAUCAAACCAACUUUGACCAAAGCCCCAGUAAUACGACAUGUAUCACUUCAGUGCCAUGUUUGGAUCGUUCUCAAACAAAAAACAUUGGUUACACAUGAAAUGGUCGCUUUUAUGAAUGAUCUAUUUAUUAAAAUCAUUUAUCAGUGCAAUCUUGGAAUGAAAUCGACUUCGCUAUAGCAUUCUUCGUAUGAAUCAUCUGUUCAAUAUAAUAGCACAGCUUUAAGUAAAAAAAAAACCAGCCAAAUUUAUAUCUUCUCACCAACAUUAUAUAUAUAUAUAUAUAUAUGACGCACACUCUAAAAAGGAGAACAACCCUUUUGACUGUGGUUGGUGAUGUGUUGUCAUGCUCAGAUAUAUCUGUGGCUAGUGAAAUCCAAAAUAGAGAUUUGUUAGGGAUCACGAGCAUUUGUCGGAAGUAGCUGGCAUCUUUACCAAGCUUUUGAUUGGAUUAUGAUUGAAUUCGAGACCACAAUAAGCUUCGCCAUGACGAAACGACAGCACUCACUCAUACGCUUAGCUUUUUACUGUAUGAAUAUGUAAGAUGAAUCGAAGUUUUUCGUCCCGUAAUCGUCAGGACCCCCAUGUCUUCACAAACACUCAUUAAAUUUACUACGAGAGCAUUCUGCGAAUAUUUAACCCAUUUUUGUAGAAUGAUAUCAAUCUAUAGUCGCCCAAAAGGCCAUUCACCCUUACCCGAGUACAGUUCUUCUUAAAUUUUAGAGAUCUUUCUCUUAAUGCUUUCUUUUAAAUGCUUUACACCAGUUAUAUAAGUCGACGCUAAUGCUAGAGAGGAAGCUACUUCAAAUUUCAGUGAAACGGGAAUGGCCCCCGAAGUGAGUGGCCUUCGUGCCUAUGGAUCGAGUCGAAUUUCUACAGACGACGACACAGGAAUGAUUGAGUUGCCAGCGGACACCGUCGUCACCGUCGAGGUCUUCGGAAGCAGCUUCAGCAAUUCAACCAUUUUAGCGUUUACUCAUGUCGCAGCCGAUCGCGGCGUGUCGUGCGCCGAUAUGGCCUUGUCCCAGGUAAUCAACUUCAAUUCUCCAACGGUCCAGCUGGAUGGAAACGUUGCCGUUCUUCGAAUGCAAUUUCCCGCUUCGCCAGCCGAUACACAGAUCUACCUCUGCGUGAAGUACAUGACUGAGAAUGGAGAGCACACUGGGUGGAUUCAUCAAGGCUCGGCACGAUGCGUCACAUUUCGAUCGGUGGGUCGACUACUUCCGAUUUGGGUACAGGCCUGUAUCGUUAUUACGCUCCUUAUACUUUCCGGCCUCUUCUCCGGCCUUAAUCUUGGUCUCAUGUCGCUCGACAACACAGAGCUCAAGGUCAUUGAGUCUUGUGGCACCCCAUCAGAACAGAAGUGCGCAAAGGCGAUUGCCCCAUUACGCAAGAACGGAAAUUAUCUACUUUGCUCGUUACUACUUGGAAACGUUCUUGUUAACAGUACGCUGACAAUCCUGUUAGAUGACCUUACUUCAGGCUUGAUCGCAAUCUUGGGCUCGACGAUGGCUAUCGUCGUUUUUGGAGAAAUCAUUCCGCAGGCGAUCUGUUCCCGCCAUGGCCUUGAAGUUGGAGCACGCACUCUUAUUAUUACGAAAAUCUUCAUGGUACUGACAUUUCUUGCGUCAUACCCCAUCUCACGAGCAUUAGAUUAUGUACUCGGUGAGGAAAUUGGCCAUGUUUACGAUCGAGAAAAACUCAUCCAGUACAUCAAACUUACAAUGGAUUACACACAGCUGGCAAAUGAAGAGGUAAAUAUAAUCUCGGGAGCGCUAGAGCUGAAAACAAAACAAGCGGGACAUAUUAUGACGCGUAUCGACGACGUCUUCAUGCUGCCAUACAACACCGUUCUCGACUUCGAGACCGUCUCAAACAUCAUCCGACAAGGCUAUACCCGUAUACCCAUUUACGAGGGCAACCGAGAUACUAUCGUCGGUUUGCUCAAUAUCAAAGAUCUAGCAUUCAUUGAUCCGGGAGAUGCAUUCCCAUUGAAGACAGUAUGUGACUUUUAUAAGCACCCGCUCACGUACUGCUUUGAGGACCAGUGCUUGGAUGAGCUGUUGGACGAGUUCAAGAAGGGCAAAAGUCAUAUGUCGAUUGUGCAAUCUAUCCGUAUGGGAGAGGGCGCCGACCCCGUUUAUUCCGUAGUUGGUAUUGUCACCUUAGAGGACGUCAUUGAGGAGAUCCUAAAAAUCGAGAUCGUCGAUGAAACCGAUGUUCUCACGGAUAAUCGUGAACGCAAGAAGCGUAAAGAAGUACAACUCUCCAAGCAGGACUUUACUGACUUUGCGAAAAUUAACGCCAGAAGUGUUAUUCCAGCUCCACUAGCGCUUGCUACCUUCCAGUUUCUCUCAACGGCUGUUGAGCCGUUUAAGCGAGAGUAUGUCUCGGAAAAUGUCCUUCGGCGUCUGAUGGUGCAGAACAUCUUCAUCCACAUUAAAGCGGAUGAGCUGGCGGACGAUUCGAGAAAGUUUAUCUACCGGGCGGGUAAAGCGACCGAUUAUUUCGCUCUUCUACUCGAAGGCCGCGCUAAAGUGACUCUCCACACAAGCGCUAACGAGGAGCUUCAGCACGAAGCAGGACCGUUUUCCUAUUUUGGAGUGCCUGCGAUAUUUCUUUUGCCUGUAGCUGGUCAGGCCGGUGAGGGCAAAUUUCCGGGGACAGCGGAUAACAGCGCCUCACAGUUGUCACUUGCGUCGCCGGCGAGUGAAUGCAUACAUUUAGCAGAACGCGCCUUUACGCCCGACUAUUCGGUCGAGGCGGUUACGAACGUGCUUUACAUGCGUGUCCACCGCAGCGUCUAUGCGGCCGCGUACAAGACGUCCCGACUUGAUCGGUCUAACCGAUCAACCGCUGCUAGCCUCGAGACGGAGUGGGCUAACGUGCUAAAUGCUCUCAACACCAGUAAUCGCCACCGGAAUACGACAGGCGGCGGUGGUCCUACGGCCAGCGUGAACCAUAAUGUAGGACACGUUGGUCAGGCGGCCACGACGACAACAGCAGCACCGGCCGAGGCGUUUUCCGCACACGGAUCGCUGACCUGCGGCAACAACACAUCAACACCAACGACACCAGCGGCGACGACCGCCAAGGCUGGAUUGACCUCAGGGGCCGGUAAGUGCCACAUUUCGGCUACACCCCCAACAUCGCCAAGGGCGCGAACUUCGAACUUGGAAGCACUUCACGAAAAGUCGACUGAAGAUAAUGAUCAUGGCACUGGCCACCAUCAGCAACAGCAGCAGAAGUACGAUUGUGCACCAGGUGGUGGCUGCAUGGACAGAGAUAGUGAUUCAGGCAAAGGCACGGCCAAGGACAAGGACAUGAGUGAAAAAGCACCCCUGUUAGCUGCUGCAUACUCGGCUAAUGCUCCCCCCGCUAAUUUCGGAUUCAGAAGUAGCACAUACGGAGGGCUAGGAGAGUUGCGGCUGGAGCAACUCGGAGCAAAGCGGCACUCAUCGUCUGUUAUGACGCAGAUGAGCGGAGGCAUCGUUCCCCAAAAGCACACCCAACAACACGCAUACAACAACAACAACAACAACAACAACAACAGCAACAGCAACAACAACAACAACAACAACAACACAGCAGGCACGCCUUGUUUGAGUUCAGCGAGUUUUUCGGGACCUCCAGUGCUAGCAGCUCCGCUUACACGGAGUUCCGAUGCCUCGAUCGCCUCGAUACCGUUACAUGAACUACACACCACUAUGGCUGUACAGCCAUCUAGCACUACCCAACAACAAGUUAUAAGAUCUCCGGAAUCGAAUAAAUCGGUAAUAAUCGAUGUCGUCGGCAGUGCUGCCGGUACCGCAGCCAAAGGACAAGGCCUACCGUUAAGUACGGGCACCGGCAACGGUAGUAAGGGAGCCAGGCCGCCCGCAGGCCUUCCCGGCCUAUCGGCGGUCACUUCUUCAUCUGCAAAUAACAGCAGGGCCUCAUCUGGACAACAGCCACAACAGUAUCUUCCACCAGGCUCAGGCACAGCUCGUGAACCAUUAGAGCCUCGCGAUGUAAACGAAAGAACCCUUCUGCUAAGCGGACACACUUCGAGCAGCAGCAGCAGCAGCAAUGAACAUGGCGUGCAUCAGCAGCCGCCCACUAGUUGAUAAACACAUACACCGCAUAUAUAUCAUCACGCAGACCGAUGGUGAAAACGAAACAGCUACUGUUAUGACGCAAUUAGCCCGAACGGAUAGUCAACCGCCUUAAUUUACUCGGAAGAAAGAACUACGUCCUUGGCAUUCAAUCUGUUAUGUACCCGAACUAAUUCUAAUGGGCAAUACUAGUAACAUUGAUAGAAGUUGCUUUUAGCGAUAGAAGUCGCAGUUGCUAGGUGCUCUUACCAGCGGCCCUGCCAGUUCAAAUGCCAUCAAAGAAAGAUUUCCCAAAAAAGGGAGUAAAAUCGAAUGGCAGAGGUUUUCACUGAACUGAGACGCUCCGCUGAGCUAAAAUCGGACCGCGUCUGAAUAGAUUACGCGCUAUGUAUCUGUUUGCGAUCGUGUGAAAGUAAACAACAGUAGCCAGAUCAUUCGCAAAUGGUUCUCAAACGGGAGUGAAUUUCUACACAAAACUAAUUCCUUCCAGCAUAAUGUAGAAGAAGUAAUAGUAAUAGCCACACUGGUCGUCUUAAGCUCCAGCUCGUGUAUAGUAAUUGAUAACACAGCAUUAUAAUAACAGAUAGUUGCUCUGCUAAAAUUCUUACAUUUCCUUAUUUAUCUGUCCUAUCUAUAAAUGAGAACGUCAAUAAAGUAUCAGCUAACAUAAAGACACAAAUCGAAAAAGAAAUGCAGUGCACGCGACAGGAUGAUGACAUUUUAACAUAGGAAAACAAGUGAGAAAUUCGUCUGCGAGAGCAACGAAAGAAUAAUAUAAUAGUAGUAAUUAGAAACGGCUAACGGGAGCAGGCGCGCGCGCGCGCGCGCGCGCGCGAGAGAGAGAAAAAGAACGAAAGAGUGAGAGGUAGGCCAGACGACGUUAAUUCAGGUUUCGUUGUUAAUUUGGUAAUAAUUUUAAUAAUGAUCAUCGUCAUCAUCACCAUCAUAAUGUAAACUAGGGUCAUUUAAACUUCAUUCGCCGCCGCCGCCGCCGCCGCCGCCGCCGCUCAUUUUUAUAGUCGAAGUGAUAAAAGUAAGCAGCGAGCACAAAUGACAAAUAAGAACGAUUACUUAUUUUUUGAGUCAGUUUCCUUUGCUCAAAUUUUGUGCUUGCGGAUAUAAUGUUAUGUUUAUUUAGUAACUAAUCCGUGCUAAUGGUAGUAUCGCUUUCAUUUAGCCCAAUAUUUACGAAAAAUUAAUUCUCAUUAAGAAGUCGUAGUUUCGUUAAAUUCAGCAAAAAAACUGUUGUUGCGUUGACCAUGAACCAUGCAAAAGUGCUUAGGAUGGUGUUUACGAUAACAAAAUACAGGACCUUGGUCUUGAGUGGCUUAACAGAAGGUGGCAACUGCAAAAACUUACAAAAUGUACCAAAGUCAACUCGCUGUAUGAGCGUAACUUAUAUAUACUCAUAUACGUUUCGAUAGUGUUCUUUUUAUUUCUAGAUAUUAUACAAAGAUGAAGCUAUAAUUCGUAAAGUAUAUAAGCACCAUUUUUUAUGAUGUCAUUAUCUGCAGUAACCAUUUCUGUAUUAUGAGAUAAAUAAGAAUAUUUUCAACGAUGUAGUUUGCUC